AUGGCUCCCGCUUCGCGCCCCGAGCAUCCUAUCAAUCUGGCCUAUCUGCCCCAGCUGAGCUCAAACCCCCCGCAGUCCGCCUCGUCCAGCGGCGCUGCAUCGCCCGUCGAGCCUCCAUCGGCCGGCCGUUUCCCUACAAACACGUCCAACCCAUUGGGGGCUGCCGCUGCUGGCGCAAGGCUUGGCUCCGCAUCCCCGUCGCAUGACUAUGGCGGUCGGCUAUUUUCAAAACGUGCACGCGAGAUUCAAGCGCAGGAAGGAUUGACUCCACAAAUGUGGGGUCCCCCUACCAGCGGCAACUCUACGCCCUUGCGUGAGACCAUCCCGGAGUCUCCCAGCGGCGACAGCUUCCCUGACUUCAACCAAGCCAUGCCAGAGAACACGUCAGCCUCCCAGACAUCUACCCGUCGUGCCCGCGCUGGCACUCUGCCUUCACGCUUCUCUCCCUCGGCAGCGCCUGGUGGCUUAACGUCCAUGUCCUCUUCCUCCCUCCUGCCCAAGACCUCCCGUCCCACCCCCUCUACCAGCCCCUUCAAGCCCACCCCAGGCACACCCACAGAGGCCACGGGAGGCUUCGCUGCACCCGGCUCCACCAACGCCGCCGCCAAGUCGGUCCUGCUCUCUCGCCUUCGUGCCGGCUCGAUGCCUCAACGCCCUGGCUACCUGCCUCCCUCCGUCUCGCCGUUUGGCAACUCCAUUUUCUCCACUGGCUGGACAAGCAACCGCGAGCGCAGCAGCACACUCCACAGCAUUGCUUCUCAGCCAUCCAACGGACCUGGCUCGCCUCAAUCUCACUUUUCUCGAGACUCGCUCGCGGAUACCGAUGUCAAGACCCUGGACUACCUUGGCCUGGUAGAUACGCCUCAGCCCGUGCGUGCUCAGCUGGCGCCUUCUGACAUCGAGCUCCUUCUGGAGAGCCAAAGGAACGCCAACAGCCAGACUACAAACAGUGCCAACCGCUUCCGUUCUUACUCGGUCAACGCAAAGGAAAAGUACGCUGAAGACGAAGAUGAGCUCGACCAGUUCGGCGGCUACAGUGGUGCCAUGACCCCAGCUGAGGCCAACGCCCUCCUGAUCCAUGAGGCUGUCCGCCAACACAACCUUGAAGUUCAGGCUUUUGCCAACUACGCCUCCAGUGCCCGUCCCCGCGCCAGGACGGCUGGUGUGUUGGACGCACCCCAACAACGACUGAUGCGGAGCUACAUGCCCACUCGUCUGGGCGCUUCCGACUUGACCGAGGAUGCUGAAUACAACCUCACCGAAGCCGUCAGGAACCUUCAAUUACGCAGUGCGCACGAGUCGAGCGGAAACCUUGGCGACGACGGUACGCUCGAAGGUCCGACUCGAUCGCUGUGGCUGGGUAACAUCCCUUCGUCCACCACAGUCUCGUCCCUCAACGUCAUCUUCAGCACCUUCGGUUCUAUAGAAUCAACCCGCGUCCUGACACACAAGAACUGCGGCUUCGUCAACUUCGAGACCCUCGAGAGCGCUGUGCAAGCCAAGUCCCAACUGAACGGCAAAGAGAUCUUCCCUGGAGCCGGACCCGUGCGCAUUGGCUACGCUAAGAUCCCAAGCGCAGCCGCUACGCCUGGCCACAACGGCCUUUUCCCUUCACCAAGCCCAGACCCACACACCAAGCCCCAGGCGGAUGCUACGACUGGCGUCAACAAUACCACAAAGACAAGCACGGCAACCUUGUCGACCGCCAAUGCACCUUUGACCACGCCCGAGCUGACUGACAUCCGUGGCGACAUUGUCCAGAUUGUGAAAGAUCUAGGUGCUUCGGACGAAGACCAAGGCAGAAUUGUUGCCCAGGUCGAGGCUGCGAUUCAGUACAACAGCUACGUCGACGAGAUCCCUCCUGUCGAAGAGCCCAGCCACACCCGUGUCCACGAUGCGCCAAGGCUGCGUGAGAUUCGCAAGCGUAUCGACAAUGGCUCUUGCUCUACGGAGGAGAUCGAGUCGAUCGCCAUGAACAUGCUUUCUGAAAUCGCCGAGCUCUCGUCCGAUUACCUUGGUAAUACGGUUGUCCAGAAGUUGUUCGAGCACUGCUCCGAGCACGUCAAGGAAGCCAUGCUUCGCGAGAUCGCGCCUCACCUGGCCAAGAUUGGCAUUCACAAGAAUGGAACGUGGGCUGCCCAGAAGAUCAUCGACGUUUCCAAAUCACUUACCAUGCAGAAGAUGGUUGUGGAAGCUCUUCGGCCCUAUGCCAUGGCCCUCUUCCUGGACCAGUUCGGCAACUAUGUCAUGCAGGGCUGCCUCAAGUACCAGCAUCUCAACAACUUCAUCUUCGAAGUGAUGCUUGGCCGUCUGUGGGAUCUUGCCCAGGGGCGCUUCGGAGCUCGUGCUAUGCGUGCUUGCUUGGAGAGCCACUUCGCAAGCAAAGACCAGCAGCGUACAGUUGCUGCUGCGAUCGCCCUCCACAGUGUCCAGCUUGCUACCAACGCCAACGGUGCGCUGUUGCUGACUUGGUUCCUCGAUACUUGCACCUUUCCCAGAAGACGUACUGUCCUUGCUCCUCGUCUGGUUCCGCACAUCGUCCACCUGUGCACGCACAAGGUUGCCUACCUUACCGUGUUGAAGAUUAUCAACCAGCGUAACGAACCGGAGGCUCGUGAUAUCAUCCUGCAAGCACUGUUCUUCUCGCCCAACGACAAGGUAUUGGAAGAGAUACUCUCCGAUCAAAACUGCGGUGCUACUCUCAUCUUCAAGGUGCUCACCACUCCCUUCUUCGAUGAGAAGAUUCGUGCAGAGGUUGUGCAGAACGUUCGCAACGUCCUUGUGCGCAUCAAGGCUCAGCCCCAGCAGGGCUACAAGCGUCUUAUGGACGAAGUAGGUCUGUCCACGCGCGGCGGACCUGGUCACCGUGACUCGUCUGCCACUCGAUCGGCAUCUAGGGACAGCUCGCAGAUCGAGCCCAGGGCGUUUUACGGAGCUCCUGCUCCUGGAUUCGAUCCCGUUGGCCUGCAGCGAACCUCCAGCAUGGACUCGAACGGCUUCGAGCAGUAUGCCAUGGGACCUGGUGGGCCAAUGUACAUGCCCAACAUGCAAACCAUGAAUGGCCAGCAGCAGCUUCAGUACCAGCAGCUCCUCGCUCGCCAGGGCCAGUUCUACCCUCAGAUGAAUGGUUUCCAGCCUGGAAUGGACGCCUACCGCAAUGCGUCCCCGGUUGCAGCUCCUGGCUUCACUGGCUCUCCCAUGAUGCAGCCCGUCAACCUCGCAGGUCAGGGCAUGCCGCCUGGGAUGGGUGCGCAGAUGUACCCCUAUGGAGUGUACAUGCCUCAGCAGCAGCAGCAGCAGCAGCAGCAGCAACACCAACAGCAGCAGCAACAGCAAGCUGCUGGGGGUAGUCAGCGACGUGGUCGGGUAAGCAGAAACGCGUCCCCAGCGCCCGGCGCUAGACGCUAA